ACCUGCCUCUCCCCGAGCCGCCAGCCGUGCCUCUGUGUCUGUGCCACUGCCUUACUCUCACCUUUCUCAGCUUUGCUGCUGUUUUCUCCUUCCCCAUCUUUCAUCUUUGUUUUUCCCCCUGACUCUUCCCUAGUCAAAAACCUGAUUUUGGGUCUUGGGUUCCAUUUCCACCUUGAUUUGCUGUGCAGCCUUAGGCAAGCGUCUCUACCUCUCUGAACAAUGGGAAUGAUAAGAGCAUGUGCCCUAGAAGGGCAUUGCGGGGACUGAAUGAUUUAACGCUUGGGACAGAGUGCCUGCAUGUCAUUAGUGCCCACAUGCUGCUGGCUCUUUUAAUAUCCUUUAAACAGCACAAGUUUCUGAUGAUUAAAUAAUCAUCAUCAUAGCUGAUGCUUUUAAAAAGCUGACAAGGGUCAGACCCUGGUCUAGGAACUUUAAUUCAUUAAUCCCCACAACUCUAAAAAGUAGGUCCCAUUUUACUCCCAAUUUUACAGAUGAAGAAACUGAGGCUUAGAAAGGUUGGAGCUGGGUGCGGUGGCUCACACUUGCAAUCCUAGCACUUUGGGAGGCCGAGGUGGGUGGAUCACCUGAGGUCAGGAGUUUGAGACCAGCUGGCCAACAUGGUGAAACCCUGUCUCUACUAAAAAAAAAAGAAAAAAAAAUACAAAAAAUUAGCCGGGCAUGGUGGCAGGCGCCUAUAAUCCCAGCUACUUGGGAGGCUGAGGCAGGAGAAUCACUUGAACCUGGGAGGCAGAGGUUGCAGUGAGCCGAGACCGUGCCAUUGCACUCGAGGUUGACCAGCCAGGAAGAGGCAGAGCUGGUUUCAAUCAGCCAGAGGAAGGUCAUGACACUGACCCUCCUGUUAAAACGAUGUCCGACCCCUGACUGGGGACGGAGACUUCCUCCUUCACUUGCCUGGACGCUGCGCCACAUCCCACCGGCCCUUACACUGUGGUGUCCAGCAGCAUCCGGCUUCAUGGGGGGACUUGAACCCUGCAGCAGGCUCCUGCUCCUGCCUCUCCUGCUGGCUGUAGGUGGUCUCCGUCCUGUCCAGGCCCAGGCCCAGAGCGAUUGCAGUUGCUCUACAGUAAGCCCGGGCGUGCUGGCAGGGAUCGUGAUGGGAGACCUGGUGCUGACAGUGCUCAUUGCCCUGGCCGUGUACUUCCUGGGCCGGCUGGUCCAUCGGGGGCGAGGGGCUGCGGAGGCAGCGACCCGGAAACAGCGUAUCACUGAGACCGAGUCGCCUUAUCAGGAGCUCCAGGGUCAGAGGUCGGAUGUCUACAGCGACCUCAACAUGCAGAGGCCGUAUUACAAAUGAGCCUGAAUCAUGACAGUCAGCAACCUGAUACCUGGAUCCAGCCAUUCCUGAAGCCCACCCUGCACCUCAUUCCAACUCCUACUGCGAUACAGACCCACAGAGUGCCAUCCCUGAGAGACCAGACCACUCCCCAAUACUCUCCUAAAAUAAACAUGAAGCACAAAAACAUUA